AUGAAUGGGACGGUAAAUCAGACUGGCAACGAAAAUCAUUCACUAUUCAAGACAACAUUUUCUGAGCAUAAUGUUCCUUAUCAAUCCAGUUCAUCUUCAUUACCGGGUCAGAAUUUAAUAACUCAGCAGCAACAGCAGCAGCAACAACAACAACUGCCACCGCAACAGCAAGAACAACAACAACAAGAACAACAACAACAGCAGACAUCAAAGCAAGGUUAUUUCACAUCUAUAUUAUCGUCUCUACCACAUCUUUCGCUUUCAUCGAUAACUGGUGAAAACUCAAAGUCGCCACAAAAUAAACAACAAAAUCAAAGCUCUAAUGCAUUUACACCGCUAAAUCCUGUACAUGGAUCGGCGCAAGGUCAGAUUCCCCGAUCUACUGAAAUUUCAUCGAAUGUAUACGAGCAUAAUAGUGAUCAUAGUCACUACUCUCAAAUAAGUGACUUCAAUACUAAUAAGGCAAAUUCACCGAUUAUACAAAAUCAACAACAACCGCCGCAACAACCACUGCAGCCGCCACCCAUUGCAAUUGGUGGAGUGGUUGCUGGGUCAUAUCGACUGGGUAAUCAACGUCGUCUUAAACAUUCACAUCUCCCAGAGCAAAUAUUAAAUUCCUCUAAGCCGUCUUAUCAGCCAGUUUCUUUACCGUCUUUUCCGAAUCAAUCGGAUUCUACUAUACCUCCUACUAUUUUCAAUCCAAAUACACAAACUCUUACUCCAAUCAACUCUCAGGUUGAUCAACAAAGCACAUCUUCGACACCGAAUCUAGCUGAAACUUUAUACAAUCAGGAAUACGUACUGCAUGGUUCUUAUAAAAAUAGUCCCGUAGUGACUCCUUCGAAUAUUUAUCCUGCCUCAUCACCUAAUUUUAAUAUUAGUAGUGCAUCUACUAAUUAUCAAGCAAAUACAUUCGCUACAGCACCUCAAGCUAUACCGGCAAGGUAUCCAGAACCUGCGACUCCUCAAAACACCCCAGCAGACAUUGCCUUUUCUGGUUUCAAUUCUUAUAGACAACAGCAGAUUCCUUAUGAAACAUCAAAGAACUCAAUCAUUCAAUCUAGUGGCCAAUUAAACGCCAUACAGGAAACUAAUAAAAAUCCCAUUAAUACCUUUACUACUGUAUCCGCUGCUAGGGUUACCGAGAAGCUUGAAAAUUUUAUCGCUGAACAGAAUGAUGAUAAUUUAUCUAUAAAAUCGGAAUUAUCAGCUGAAGUUGCUAAAAUAACAGAAAAUAUAUCAGCAUCUGAAAAGAUAAUUGAAAAUCAGAAAUCUAUUGAAGAAUUCACGGAAAUUAACUUAAAUAAUAGUCUUAUUAAGGAUAGUUUACAUCAAAAUAGUGAAGUUAAUUUUAAUAUUUUGUCGGAAAAUUUAAUUAAUCCACAAAGUUUAGACGCUUUUGCGGCGCCAUUAACAACAAAUUUCUUCGAAAAUUCUUCAACUAAUAAUCAAAGUGUACCAACAUUUUAUAAUUCGAUAUUUCAAACUAAAGAGCCUGUAAAAGAUCCGUUUUCAUUUGCUCAAUCGUCAGCCACACCCGAUUUAAUAAAAUUUCCAAACGAUAUAAUAAAUUCGCCCGAACAAUUUAUUGACAGCACACAAAUUUUAAAUCAAAAUAUAAAUAGUUCAGAAGUUGAAUUAUCUAAAGGGUUAGAAUAUACUGGAAAUGCCGAUUUAUCUUCGAAAUCCGUAUGGCAAUCAGAUCAAAUAGAGAUAAUGAAAUAA